AUGCUACAGCUGGCCAGAAUAGCUUCAGACAAGCCUGCGCAUUCACCCAGUCUGUUACCAAAUUGCUCAUUCACCCAGUCUGUUACAAGCCAGCUCAUUCACAGUCUGUUACCAACCUGCUCAUUCACCCAGUCUGCUCAUUCACACAGUUUGUUACCAACCUGCUCAUUCACCCAGUCUGUUACCAACCUGCUCAUUCACCCAGUCUGUUACCUGCCUGCUCAUUCACCCAGUCUGUUACCCACCUGCUCAUUCACCCAGUCUGUUACCAGCCUGCUCAUUUGCCCAGUCUGUUACCAGCCUGUUCAUUCACCCAGUCUGUUACAAGCCUGCUCAUUCACCCAGUCUGUUACCAGCCUCAUCAUUCAUCCAGUCUGUUACCAGCCUGCAAAUUCACCAGUAUGUUACCAGCCUGCAUAUUCACCCAGUCUGUUACCAGCCUGCUCAUUCACCCAGUCUGUUACCAACCUGCUCAUUCACCCAGUCUGUUACCAACCUGCUCAUUCACCCAGUCUGUUACCAGCCUGCUCAUUCACCCAGUAUGUUACCAGCCUGCUCAUUCACCCAGUCUGUUACCAGCCUGCUCAUUCACCCAGUCUGUUACCAGCCUGCACGUUCACCCAGUCUGUUACCAGUCUGCUCAUUCACCCUGUCCGUUACCAUUCUGCUCAUUCACCCAGUCCGUCACCAGCCUGCUCAUUCACCCAGUCCGUUACCAGCCUGCUCAUUCACCCAGACCGUUACCAGCCUGCUCAUUCACCCAGUCUGUUACCAGUUUGCUCAUUCACCCAGUCCGUUACCAGCCUGCUCAUUCACCCAGUCUGUUACCAGCCUGCUCAUUCACCCAGUUUGUUACAAGCCUGCUCAUUCACCCAGUUUGUUACCAACCGGCUCAUUCACCCAGUCUGCUACCAGCCUGCUCAUUCACCCAGUAUGUUACCAGCCUGCUCAUUCACCCAGUCUGUUACCAGCCUGCUCAUUCACCCAGUCUGUUACCAGCCUGCACAUUCACCGAGUCUGUUACCAGUCUGCUCAUUCACCCAGUCCGUUACCAGCCUGCUCAUUCACCCAGUCCGUUACCAGCCUGCUCAUUCACCCAGUCUGUUACCAGCCUGCUCAUUCACCCAGACCGUUACCAGCCUGCUCAUUCACCCAGUCUGUUACCAGUUUGCUCAUUCACCCAGUCCGUUACCAGCCUGCUCAUUCACCCAGUCUGUUACCAGCCUGCUCAUUCACCCAGUUUGUUACAAGCCUGCUCAUUCACCCAGUUUGUUACCAACCGGCUCAUUCACCCAGUCUGUUACCAGCCUGCACAUUCACCCAGUCUGUUACCAGCCUGCACAUUCACCCAGUCUGCCCAGUCAGUGA